GAGGCUCUGCCUGCGCUCCCUAGGCCGGGCCCACACAGGGUUCCUCAGGGACUAACGGGGCAUCUCGGCACUCGCGCCCAUUUUGUCGGGGGCCAGGAAUGGGAAUCCCGGCCCAAAACACCCCGCACCCGCGCCAGCGAUGACUUAUGAACAGAAAUUAAGGAGGAAUUGGAAAAUCAAAGCUAGACUCGGACACCGUCCCCGCGGCAUCUCUCUGCUGCCCGGGCCUUUUACUGACGUCCCACGGACAGGAGGGUUGCCUUUCAUAAGGAUCCAGUUCAAAACCUACAUUUUUAUUUUCUACAUCUAUGUAAACAUUGCACACAGCUUCCACACCCUCCCCCCAUAACUUCAGAGUACAGGCUUGCGGUAGAGUUAAAGCAACAUCGCCGUGAGGUUAACUCAGUUUAACACACCUACAUUAACGCCUCGCUUUGACGUUGUAUUCCAGCCAGAUGAGCAGGGUGGAUGGAAUUUCAGAUCAUCCCAGUGUCCCCACAGGUGGGCAGCAGCCCCUCCUUGAGUACAGGAGAACUCCUCAGCAGCCACCUCUAGUAGACAAUGUCAUGCUACAAGACAACACCAGAGAAAUCUUGCAGAACAGCUCCGUCAGUCAUGAGAUUGUGGGUUCCCACAGUCUCCUGCAGAGCAGCACAAUCAAUCAUCAGCGAAUAACUGACAGCAACCCAGUGACUCAAAACGCUUUGGGAAGUGCAGAUGAAGCAGACAAUCACGUUGCUGUUACUGUCACACAGGAACUACCCUGUGCACCACAGGUACUGGGGAAAACCACUGAUCUGGAAGGAGUUGAACAGCUUGAUGAAAAGAAGCAGAGAGAGCAGGAAGAUCUAGAAAAGCUGCGGGUAAAUGAAAACCUAAUGACGCUUGGAGAGAAUGAAGAAUUGUUGAAGCUCAGACAGCAUGAAGAAUUGAUGAAGCUCAGGGAGCAUGAAGAAUUGCUGAACAAACAAAGGAGUAAAAAAGUCCGUACUACUUCUAAAAUUCUGGUAGUCGGCGAAGAUGGGACAUUCAUGGUUAAAUCUCCUAAGACUCACAUCUGCGAGCAAUGCAGUGCAGCCUUCCGGACUAACUACCACCUGCAGAGACACAUCCUCAUCCAUACAGGUGAAAAGCCAUAUCAGUGCAGCCAAUGUAGCAUGCGAUUUAUCCAGAAGUACCUACUGCAGAGACAUGAGAAGAUACACACUGGUGAGAAGCCAUUCCACUGUGAUGAAUGUGACAUGCGGUUUAUUCAGAAAUACCACAUGGAACGACACAAACGGACUCACAGUGGAGAGAAACCGUACCAGUGUGAAUACUGCCUUCAGUAUUUUUCUAGAACUGAUCGUUUGCUUAAACACAGAAGAAUGUGCCGUGAAAGUCAAGGGAAAGCUCCUGACAAAAUCCCAGCAGUGAAAACUGAGCCAAUUAUACUUGCCAUCAGUACAGAAAACAGGUUGUUGUCACCCCAGAAGGAUGUCAUUAAUCCAACAACAAAAAAGCUCAAAACUGCAGAGAAGUUGGAAUUGGAAAUUUCUAAUAAAGAGGAGACUGGUAGUCCAGCAGGUGUUAACUUGAACAAGAGAGAUUGUAUAGAGUAUUACACCAGCAACUUGAAGGUAAAGGAUGAGUAUAAAGUGGAGCAGUCCUCACUUAUAAGUGCACAUUCUUCACACGGUAGUGAUCAUCUAGGGGAAACAUAUCAGAAUCUGCAUCCACCAAAGCUUGUUCUGAAGAAGAUAAGCUCAAACAAAACUCAGAAGACAACAGAACAACUGAAUCAGACCUUGCCAGUUUCUACCAACUUCGAUGCCACAAAAGUCACCAAGUACACCUACGCAAUGGGAAGCAACCCCGACCUCCUGGUCAUCGAGGGCCAGAAUACUGAUCAGGGUCAGGAUGCCUCACGCAAGCCCGGAGGAAGCCACAGCAACUACGAUGAUGCAAUGCAAUUUGUUAAGAAGAAGCGAUUCUUGCAAGGGCCUAACAGUACCAGCAGAGAGUUUGCCUUAUCUGUAGGCCAGAUUGCAACCCAACCAGCUGUAACACAGGCAGUUACCACUACUGUAAGUGAAAGCAGCGAUGGCACAUCCAUGUUGGUGCAGCCCGGCAACACUGAGCUGAAAAGCAGUCAGGACAAAAGUGGAAUUCCUGAUGAAGUUCUUCAGACUCUCUUGGACCACUACACUAACAAGGCAAAUGGGCAGGUUCCAUUUUCUGUCAGUGAUACCCAAGUUGCUUCAAAUAUAACUGUAAGCUCUACCGACAGUUCAAAUGUGCCUCCAUUGGAGCAAGUCAGUGAAAGUUCACAGCCAGCAUCUGCAGACAACUGUAACAUGCUCCAUGAAUAUUCGAAGUUCCUCCAACAAGCUUUGGAAAGGACUUGCCACAAUGAUAGCUAUUCAAGUGAGCAAGGACUUGCAUAUGAGACUGAAACUCAGCCCCUAACUGGAAGUCUUCAGAUGCCACCUCUGUUUUCUUCUCUAGAGCGACAGGUUUUUGCCACAAUGGUUACCCAGCAUGGCUUCAGACCAGAAGUGGGUUCUUCUUUGCGGUUACCAACACAAAAGUCCCAGUACAGUUUAUUAGUUGGUGAAUCCCAGCAUCCUUUUGCUUUCAUAACAAGCAACAACACCAUCUCUUCACCGCCAGAUUUCAUAGAGCAGGUUAACUCACAAAAAAAGCGAGAGGAGCCACCAGCUCACAACAAUCACCAUAUGGGCACAUUCGGUCAAGACUCUAGGUUCUCAGCUACUGGAGGAGAAAUGACCCCAUCGUUCAGUGACAGUGCCGGUGGACAGGUGAACCUAAGGGUCCGGCAGGGCAACUCAAACUACUCGGAGUUUUCUUUGGUAAAUGUGCCAGAGGGAAGGGAUCAAAUGAGUGCCUCACCAGCUGCAACAGGGGGUCAGACUUUUAGGUGAAAUAAUUUGCUCAUCGUACUUGGGAUCAUGAUAUACUUCUGUUUUUGAGUUGCUCCACAAAGAAAACCAUUUCAAACUUUUGUUUUAAUGUUUAGAGAUCUUAUUUAGAGAUCUUAUAUUAUCUUGUUGAAUGGCAGAGCAGGCACAAGGGUCUGAAUGGCCUAGUCCUGCAAUUUCUUAUGUUCUUAUUAGUGAUUUUACCAGAGGUUAUUUCAGAGUCCAGUAUUGAAACAUUCUUCCCUCCUCUCCAUUGAUAUAUUUUUGCUGCCUAGCACAGAAAGAGGGUAUUCAUGUCUCUCUCUAAGUUCUUUGUAUUCAUCAGAAGCAUUUGUCCAACCAUAAAAGUGCCAUGGGCAGGAGCUAGUUAUAAGAUAACCCUGGAAUUUGUCAAAUAGUUACACCAAUACUGUCAUCUCUUUAGUUUAAACAUUGUCAUUUCAACCCAUCAAAUAAUUACUCUGACACAAGCAUCAAUACACAUGCAAUAAUUCUUUUGAUAAGUAGGUCUUCAUUUCAAAUAAUUGGCCUGGUACUCAUCUGUAAAUUGAUCCAAUAAUACCACAGUAUGGGUAUUUAAUUGCAUGCACUGUUUACCCUGAUAUUGACACUGUAUGUUUCUAGUAAAUGUCCCAAUUAGAUGAAUUAAUAAUACCAAUACAAACAUUUGAUCCACUAAUCAUCCUGAAUUUUCCAUUAAUGUCGUGAUCAGCCUGAUUCUGACAUAAUGUGGAGAAUCAACAAAAGACAUAGCAUAAUAGGAGGCAAUUUGGUCUAUCAUGCCUCUGCCAGCUCUUUGAAAUUCUAAAGACUUUGUUAUUUUGAUGAUUAUCUUAAAUUUAUGCCCACUUUACUAACUUGCUUGCCAGUUGAAAUAGCUUCUUUCACUUCAACGUAUUAAAACCAUUUCAUACUUUUCUGUACUUUCAUCAUAGACUGCCCCUAGAAAACUCUUUGUAACCUGUGCUUUAAUGAAUUGAGCCUUAGUAUCUGUAUUAAUAACAGAAGCCUUUCACUGAUUGGUCUUUGUUCUCUAUAUCCCUAUUUAUAAUAUUGAGAAUUCCAUUCAUGUACCCGAGCUCUUCUGUCCUGUUACUCCCAGAAUGUUAUCUCACACUGAUACACCUCCAUUACUUAACCUGAUAUUGGCAUUGAUGCAACUCUUACAUUGAUAUUGCCCUAUUAAUACUGAUCCAGCCUAGUGAUUAUGUCAGCAUUAAUAUUGGUAAAUAAUAAUUUUGAGUUUGCCAAAGAUAUACUAUUAAUAAUUACUUUGAUAACACCAUUGAUAUAGCUCCAGUAGUUAUCCUGAUAUUAGCAUCGAUACAGCCCAAAAUUGCCCAAUUUUUGAUAUUGAUUCACUAAUUAAUAAUGUUGAUAUUCACAGUCAAACAGUGCAGUAUCAUUCAGUCAAUGAUAACUGAUUCACUUCCAAUAUUCAUUCUGAUAUUGAUACUCAUGUAGCCUAUAGUCAUUCUGGUAUUGCUAUUGAUGUAGUUUUAAUAAUCUGGUAUUCAUACAGCUUCAACAGUUAUCCUGAUGUACCCAAUGAUGCACUUCCAGUAAGUAUGCUGAUCUAGGUUUUGGUGCAGACUCUGAUGUUGGCAUUGUGUUUAUCCUGAUAUUGGUAUUAAAACAGCUCAACAAUUACCCUGGUA